AUGAAGCUCACGUGCUCUCUUCGGUGCCCUCGACCUUUCUCUAUUCCUUCUGUUAUUCCCUUCCUCUUCUUCCCUUCCAUGGACGUUGCUGAUCUUUUCCCGGAAGCAGUCUUACAGAAAUCAACUGAGCCAAACUGUAAAAGCAAACCUCAGGAGCAAGUUAAAUCUAAAUCAUUUGCUGCAGUUCUCUCUGAAAAUGUUUGCGACAUUCCAUUAAGUCAACUUCCGAUCCCUUGUCUCAAAGGAGAUCGUCUUGCUAUAGCUAUUCCUGAAGAUGAAUACAAGCUGGGAGUGGAAGCUUGCAAGCACCACCUUCAUGGCAGAAUCAUUUGGGCGAAAGGUUCUACUCCGAUGACGGUGUCAGCUCUGAGAACGAAACUUUUGGAGAUGUGGACUGCUAUUGGUAAAUGGGGCAUUACAUCUUUUGGGAAAGGGUUUUUUGAAUUUGCUUUCUCCUCCCUUGAGGACAUUCAAAGAGUCAGAUUGGUUAGUGCCUGGACUUUACCUAAUGGAGUUUUGAAAUUGUUUCCUUGGACUAAGGAUUUUGUGCCUUCAACAUUGAAGCAAACAUCUGCUCAGGUUUGGAUUAGAAUACACGGGCUUUCACAAGAGUACCGGAGACCUAAAAUCCUAUUUGCCAUUGCCAGUAGCAUAGGUACGCCAAUAUGCAUUGACUCUGCUUCUAGCAAGUCUGCAUUUGAGAGACAUUUUGGGCAUUUUGUAAGAGUCUUAGUUGAUUUGGAUUUAACCAAAGAAUGCAUUGAUAAAAUCCUUGUGGAAAGAGUGGGAUUUUCUUUUUUUGUUGAUAUUGAGUAUGAAAAAGUUCCAGAGUUUUGCUCAUAUUGUUUGUGCAUAGGGCAUAAUGUUUCUACUUGCAAACGCAUGGAUUCCGCUAAAGCUACGGAGCAAACCAAACAGAAAAAACAGGAUGUCAAAGGGAAGAAUGUGAUAGAUGUAGUAGGAACAAUUGAGACUCCGGUGGUUUUGGCUGCUGAAGUUCCUAAUAAGGAAAAUAAUUCUAGUCAGAAUGUUUUUGAGGGAGAGACCUCAACUCAUUUGAAGGACUUGAUUGGAGAAGCCUCGAAUCAGGCUAACUUAGAAAAGGCAAUAAUUGUGAUAGUGAUGGACACUCGGAUAGUGAAUACAUUGAUGCCACCUUUGUGGUUGAUACAGUUCCUAAAACACAGAUAG